AUGGCGACGGGAGGGGCCGGGCCGCCCCCGCCCGCGGCACGGCGGGAGCGCCCUCGCGGCGGGGAGACGGAGCCCGGGCAGCGGACCCGGACCACCUCUGGGACUCUCCACCACCCCAUGAAGCCUCUCUGCUUCCCCACGAGACCCUACCGGCACCUGACCGGUCUUUCCUACACCCCACAAGGUCUCUCCAUCGCCCUACAAAGCCCCAGAGCUGUCCCACAAGGUCUGUUUAGCACCCCCCGAGGCCCCACCAUAAACCCACAAGGUCACUCCACCACCCCUUCAGCACAGGCUCCCCCUGGCACCCCGGCUGUGCUUUACCCUACAGCCCCUGCCCCUGCCCCACACGGUCACCAUGGCUCCCAUAGAAGAACUUGGGGGGUGACACCACGGACCAAGGCCUCUGCCCAGGCUGAGGAGGCAAUGCCAACCCCUCUGGUGUGUCAGGGACUGUGGGUCUGGGGGCCUCCAGAGGUAACCACCAGCCAGCUCUGGGAGUUUGGGAUCACUAACUUUACCUUUCACUUCAGAGGUGAGUGCCAGGGUUCUGGCCUGGCACUCACCCAGGGUGAGUGCCUGGGGCAGAGGCCCCAGGUGUAUCACAGCCCCUGGCCACUUUGCAUAGGCCCAGCUGGUCAGACACAUGAAGGACCCCACUUUAUUAUGCUCCCCAACCAACCCUGUGGCCCCUCCAUCGGGGGCUCCACAGGAGCUGCCCUUUCACAGCCCAGCCAGAGGCGGGGUGGCAAGGACAACCUGGAGGGGACAGUCCAGAGUGGGAAGGGCAAGUGUGGAGGCUCACCUGAUGCCAGAGUUCAGGCAGAUCUCACCAAGUGUUUUCCCUCUCUCUGGUUUGUCCUGGUAGAGUUCAGACAUGGCCAGAGAGCCUGGGAGCUACAUGGAGGAGGUGGCACCAGGAGGACUCUCCUGAUCACACAUUCUUCCUGCUCCUCAUACAAUAUGAGAGCAGGUUCCAAAGUGCAGAAGGUCAAAGCUGACAGUGCCUGGCUGUGA